UGGUGGAUUCCGACUUCCCACCGGAACCGCCCGCCGCCGCCACCGCAAUACCCUACCCUACCACCGCCAGGUCCACCGCCACAGCCAACAGUCGUCGGGACUGCUGGCGGAAAUGGUGGAUUUUUCAGGCGGAGGCCGAAAGUUAGGGUCACCUCCGAGUACGACAGUGAGAGCUCGGUGUUCUUCCACAAGAUCUCCUGCAAGUUGCUGGAUAGCUUGGCCAAGUUGAAAUUCUCGUUUCAGAAUGACGGCAAGGGGGAAAUCUCCGACCCUCAGCUGGCUUUUACUUCCAAGUACUUGUCUCUUAACUAUGAUAUCGAGGAAAAAAACGCCCUUGUCAACGGAGGUUUUGAUGUUGGACCUGCUCUUCAAUUCAAAGCCACUCAUGACGUCAAAGCUCAGCAAGGAGAGGUGUCAAUGAUUGCAGAUCUUGUCACUCCAGGUUUGAAACUUGAGCUGUCAUCCGCUGUUCCAUCUGUUGGCAUGCCUAGAGCAACCCUUAAGUUUCCACUAGGCGAAUUUUCAUUUGAGGAGAAAGAGGAGGAUGAAGAGGAAGAAUUAAAGAGGAGGUUAUCUGUUAGUGGGAUAUUCAAAACUCAAAUGCUAGAUGGGAUUUGUACUGCAGAAUACAAGGACGAAGAUUUGAGUUUACGCUAUGCCUAUAAGGAUGAGCAAAUAGCAUUCAUUCCAAGAAUUUCUUUGCCUUCAAAUACAGUAUCAUUUGCUUUUAAGCGUAGAUUUGGCCCUUCAGACAAGUUGAGUUACUGGUAUAAUUUUGAUUCAAAUGACUGGAGCACAGUGUAUAAACACACAGUUGGCAAGGACUUGAAAUUUAAAGCUGGUUAUGAUUCAGAGGUGCGACUUGGGUGGGCAUCUCUUUGGGUUGGAGAGGAGGAUGGCAAAGCUAAGACUGCUCCCAUGAAGAUUAAAGUUCAGUUCAUGCUCCAGGUGCCCCAAGAUGACAUCAAAUCCUCUGCUUUGAUGUUCCGUGUCAAAAAGAGAUGGGACAUAUGACUUUGAUGGUUGUACAGUGAUGAUCUCUUAAAUUUUCACAGCAAUGAUGAACGUGGUGUUUCAAGUGGUGGUGCAGCCUAGAAUAUAUUUGUUGUAACCAUAAUUGUGCUAUACCAAACAGGUCACCAUAUUGGGUAGAAGAUUUAUCUUUAUUAUGAUAGAGACCUGAAAAAGAAAUGAUCAAGCAUUUUGCCUUGGAUAAUUUCUUUGAUGAUUCUUGGUUGCAGUUUUUGACAUUCAAUUGUAUAUCCGACAAUGGAGUACUCACCUUUUCCUAGUAGCUUCAAGUUCAUAUUUAGCUGGUUGCUUGGUUGAAA